AUGGCAUCUCAUAUUGUUGGAUAUCCCAGCAUGGGCCCAAAGAGAGAGUUGAAGUUUGCUUUGGAAUCUUUCUGGAAUGGAAAGAGCAGUGCCGACGAGUUGCAAAAGGUACUCGACACAACUGCAAUGCUUGAUGCUAUCCCUGUAAGGUACAACUGGAAUGGUGGUGAGAUUGGGUUCGACACUUACUUCUCCAUGGCCAGAGGAAAUGCCUCUGUUCCUGCUAUGGAAAUGGCCAAGUGGUUCGACACCAACUACCACUUCGUGCCUGAAUUAGGACCUGAUGUUAAAUUCUCAUAUGCUUCCCACAAGGCUGUGACUGAAUACAAGGAAGCUAAGUCGGUUGCUGAUUUUGGCUCCCUUGAACUUUCACCGGUUGAUGGAAGGACACUGACGGAUUUCAUGCAUACCAUGGGUGAAAUGAACUGUAGUUUUUCUUGUUUUUGUUAUUAA